AUGACGGAUCAGGCCCAGUCAGAGAUCCUUGAGAAUAAUCCUAUUGGAAAAGGUCUCGAUGCCUUUCGCACCUCUUUCAAUUCAAUUUGUGAAGAUACAAGCAUUUCCUGUACUCCGGAUACGCUCGGUCAGCUUACGCAAGAAGAUAUCCAGACUCUCACUAUCGGUCUCCUCUCCGCUCUACUAAAUCUCCCUGCGACUCGUUUCCUACGGUCAAAGACAAGUCAUGGCACCCUUAGUAGCGAUCUCCUGAAACUCAUUUCCGCUAUUACCUCCGAUAACUUCCACUUCGACCGUAUUAAACCUCUCUUGACUGCGGCCCUUACCGAUAAUUGGGACGAUGUACUCAUCUGGGAUCAAGUCUAUAACGCCUACGUGAAUAUUGUGCUAAAGGAGAAGCUCGGUCCUAUGUAUGUCGGGCUCUGCAACUUCCACGAGACAUUUCUUGGAGGCGUGGCAGAUCUUAAAACGGUAUCCAAGGCCGUCUUCAAGAAGUGCAGAGAAGGCAGAAAUCCAUUCUAUUACAAAGGAUGGAGUGGAUGGCCGGAAGACGCAAAUCAGGAUGAUGUCUUGGACUGGUUUGCGGACUUGUAUGGGCAACUGGCGGAGUUUGCAGGGGAUUAUAGGCCAAAGGCGACCAGACGAAGGCCACUGCGCAAGCUGGAUAUUGGCUUCAUCCUUAUACCCGGAGAACUAAAGAGCAACCCGUCUGUGGAUAUAGCUUCGAAGGCAUGGCUUGACCUUGGGAGGUAUGCAAGAGAGGUGCUUGCUGCUCAAGAUACCCGUCGCUUCGAGUUUGACCGGCUCGGGGGAAUCCGGCUUAUUAUCGACGGGUUAAUGAUGCGGAAGGCAUAUUGCGAGGGAGACCUGCAGAUACCGCUUAUUAUCAAGGACUUCUGGUACAAUAUUCGGAAGGAACUGGAUAUUAUAAAGGCGGAAAACUACCGGCCGGAAUAUUCGAUAAUAUCCUCAAGCGCGAGUAUAGCUGGUAUACGGAAAGGUCGCAGUAGUAGUACCGCUGGCUUGAAGCGGUUAUCCAGUCAGACUGGUACAUCUUUGCCGCCUAGCAAGCGGUCCUGUUCGAUAUCUCCGACGAAGGCCGUUAGUAAUGCUCUACCAAAUCGAGUGUAUCGGCGUAUUAUCCUUCGUGAUUAUGGGAAGCCGAUCUAUAAGGCCGGCUCCCGAGCAGCUCUACUUGCCGCACUAGAGGGCUGUAUUAAAGGCUACGAGUCCUUGCGUAAAGCCGGCUUCCUUUACAGAGACAUCUCAAUUAAUAACCUCAUAAUAAAUGAAGACAAAGAGAACCCUUCCUGGCCUUCGUUCUUGAUUGACCUCGACCUUGGGAUCAAAGAAAUACGGAGGGAGGCUUCCGGUGCUAGAGGCAAGACUGGUACGAGGGCUUUUAUAGCCAUCAGGGCCCUCCUUGGCAAGCAGUAUUUAUUCAUGCAUGACCUCGAGUCAAUAUUCUGGGUGCUUUUCUGGAUCUGUAUUUACUAUGAUGGACCAAAUCAGGAAAGGGUUAUUCUACAAUUCGACAAGUGGAACUACGUAGACAUGGAAGAGUUGGCCAAACUGAAAUUAGGUACUGUGGCGAAGGAGGCAAUUUUCAUGAAGACAAUUACCGAUAAUUUCACUUCUUAUUUUGAGCCGCUUAUUCCAUGGGUGAACAGGCUGUGGAAGAUUGUCUUCCCGAGAGACAGGCCGUACGAACAGGAAGACGAAGGGCUCUACCCUCGAAUGAAAGGGAUUCUCCGGGAGGCAUGCGAGGACUUGACUUGA